UGGGGACCCACAUAUUGUAAGGAAUAAACAACAUUCUCCUGACUGAUGUCUCCUUUUGUGGCCUGUUCUGUAAUGGAGAUUCUCAGGUUUAGCUCUCUGCUACCUUGCAGAAAAUGGGCUAAGAGCGAUUGGCUUGUGGCUUCCACUGGAUUAGUCUUGGUCUUGUUAUUCCUCUCUUUCUUCUUCGAUCCCACUGUCCUCCCCUCCAUUACGUCCCCACCUAAUCUGGUCAAACUCAAGUUGUCUAGUACAGCUAAAGAAAGAGGAGCAUUUUGCUUGGAUGGAAGCUUGCCUGGGUACCAUUUUGACAAGGGUUCAGGAACUGGAUCCAAAAGCUGGCUAAUUCAUCUUCAAGGUGGAGGCUGGUGCAACACGAUAGCGUCGUGUUCUGAUCGAGCAAUGACUAGGUUAGGCUCUUCCAACUACUUUGAAGAUGAAGUUGAGUUUCCAGGUGUUUUAAGCAGUGACCCAUCUCAAAAUCCUGAGUUCUUUAACUGGAACAGAGUUGUGAUACGUUAUUGUGAUGGUGCUUCUUUUGCUGGACACCCUGAAGCUGAAUUCAAGAACGGAACAGGGCUUUUCUUCAGAGGCCAACUCAUUUGGGAGGCUAUUAUGGAUGAGCUGUUGUCGAUGGGCAUGUCAGAUGCCAAACAGGGAAUACUUACAGGAUGUUCUGCUGGUGGCUUGGCAACUCUUAUACAUUGUGACUACUUUCGUGAUCAUCUCCCUAAAGAUUCUGAUGUCAAAUGUGUUUCUGAUGGUGGCUUCUUUCUCAACGUGCUUGAUGUACUUGGAAACCCUACAAUAAGAUCUUUCUAUCAUGAUGUUGUGACCUUGCAGGGCGUAGAUAAGAGCUUGGAUCAGAAAUGUAUAACCAAAACGGAUCCAUCUAAGUGUAUGUUUCCUCAAGAAUUCAUUAACAACAUAAGAACACCAGUCUUCCUUGUCAACUCAGCUUAUGAUUCUUGGCAGAUUCAGAAUGUCUUGGUACCAGCUUCUGCUGAUUCAGAUAAGAGCUGGGCAAAGUGCAGACUGAAUAUUAAGGAAUGUGAUGCUGCACAGAUGGAAGUUCUACACGGUUUUCGCAGCUCUCUGAUGGAUGCCAUAGGGAAGUUUAAUCAGAACAAAGCUGGUGGGAUGUUCAUAGAUUCAUGCUUCACUCAUUGCCAGACAGUUACUGCAACAUGGCAUUCCCCAACUUCAACAAGAAUCGAAAACAAGACAAUUGCAGACUCUGUAGGUGACUGGUACUUUAACCGAAAACCGGUUAAGCUAAUUGAUUGUCCUUACCCGUGCAACCCCUCUUGUCCUUGAAGUUCAUUUAAACUUGCCUUAUAAGUUAUAGCUGAAUUGACCAAUCCAUCCGCUUCUGGAUGAAUCCGGUGAGUCACAAAGGGUUUUCUUGUUCUUGAAGCAUGAAGAAUUCUAAUAGAAAAAUUCACCUUCUUUGAAUUUAAAGUAGUUGAUUCGUCACCGAGAGAGACUUUAUUACAAAAGCAACACAUAUUCACAGUCCACAUUGGCAUACUUCCACGUUGGAAUCUCUUGAGAUUGCAUAUGUAUAUAACGUUGUGAUCUUAAUGUACUGAAAUAAGGUUGGUUAUUAUGUAUAAAGAAGUUCCAGUUUUAACAGAGCAGUAGAUAUUGAGA